CCUAAUAAUUUCCUAUUUCGAACCACAGGGUUUCCGCACCAGUAAGCCCCCACAAAACCACAAACCAAACGACAAACCCUGCGCCACCUCUUCCACCACCAUCAUGGCACGGAUAGCCAGGUCCUCUGCGCCGCGCCUGCUCUACACCUUCUUCUCCUCCUCCGUGCCCCCGGCAUCUCCAUCGCCGUCUCCGUCUCCGGCGUCGUCCCUCCUUGCCGGUGCAUUCCACCUGCGGCACUUCUCGUCGGGCAACGCUGCUCGAGCGAGGGCGGCGGCGGCGGACAAGGAGCCAUGGUGGAAGGAGUCCAUGGAGCGGUUACGCAACAUCGGGAUCUCUGCUCACAUCGACUCUGGCAAGACAACUUUGACGGAGCGAGUGCUUUUCUACACUGGUCGUAUCCACGAGAUCCACGAGGUUCGGGGCAGAGACGGCGUCGGCGCCAAGAUGGAUUCCAUGGACUUGGAGAGGGAGAAAGGUAUCACUAUCCAGUCUGCUGCUACUUACUGCUCUUGGAAAGACUAUAAGAUUAACAUAAUUGACACACCUGGUCACGUUGAUUUCACCAUUGAAGUUGAGAGGGUUUUGCGUGUCCUUGAUGGUGCUAUUCUUGUACUUUGUAGUGUUGGUGGUGUGCAAAGUCAGUCCAUCACGGUAGAUUGUUUUUCACCAAUAGAUUAUCAUGAAGUCGAUAUAUUGAGUUUUAUUAUUGUGAUGUCAUUUUUCUUUGAGCAGGAAGCAAUUCGUAGGGCCACCAUAGCACUGAAGUUUGUACCAGUGUUCAUGGGUAGUGCUUUUAAAAAUAAGGGAGUACAGCCACUUCUGGAUGGUGUACUUAAUUAUUUGCCAUGUCCAAUUGAAGUUAGUAGUUAUGCCCUUGACCAAACAAAGAAUGAGGAAAAGGUUGAGUUGACUGGAAGUCUUGAUGGGCCACUUGUAGCGUUGGCAUUUAAGUUGGAGGAAGGGCGGUUUGGCCAGUUGACAUAUUUAAGAAUUUACGAGGGUGUGAUCCGCAAGGGCGAGUUUAUUAUUAAUGUAAACACCGGCAAGAAGAUCAAGGUUCCUCACUUAGUUAGGAUGCAUUCUGAUGAGAUGGAGGUUAGGUUUUGGAUUUACAGUAUUACUGGCGGAUUUUCAUGUUAUUGGUAUAUUGAACCACUUCGGGCAGGAUCACCAACUAAAUUCGAAUUUGAAAACCUCCUUGUUGGGCAAGCUAUUCCAUCAGGUUUUAUCCCUGCAAUUGAAAAAGGUUUUAAGGAAGCCGCCAACUCGGGGGCUUUAAUUGGACAUCCUGUCGAAAAUCUUAGAGUUGUCUUGACAGAUGGUGCUGCUCAUGCCGUUGAUUCUAGUGAACUUGCAUUUAAGUUGGCUUCUAUCUAUGCUUUCAGACAGUGCUAUACAGCUUCCAGGCCAUUUAUAUUAGAACCUGUUAUGCUUGUUGAGCUGAAAGUACCAACAGAAUUCCAAGGAGCUGUUGCUGGUGACAUUAACAAGUGGGGUUCUUAUUUUAUUCUAUCCUUGUUUCUCUUUUCAAAUGGUUUAUUUAUGAUAUUGGUUUAUUUAUGAUAUUUUUAUCUAUGGUAUUGGUUUAUGAUAUUGGUUUAUUUUAUUCUA